UGGGAGGAUACUACCAUUCCGAUUAGGGCAGCUGUUGCCAACGAUGCAAUGCCUCCUUCAUGGAAUGAACGCUGGGCAUAGGCACCGUGUAGUGCCGUGGUCUUCUUGAAGAGGCUGCACCGUCCUGGUCUUUUGUGAUUAUUCGCCACAAACAAACAGCCGCGGAGCGCAUAAGGUACCCGGUGAAGACUUGGACUCGCGGGUUUAUGGUUAACGGAGAGAAGCUGGAGCGGAAGCUGGAACCAUGGGUUUAACAUUAAGCCUUUGAUGAAUUGAAAUAAGCUGGACCCUCUUGACUCAUCCAACCCGCUCCUGCCCAUAGCGGGGGCUCCCCUUUCCCCCUCACCUUCCAGAGUUAUGGCAGGCUUCAAGCGUGGCUACGAUGGCAAGAUCGCCGGCCUGUACGACCUGGACAAGACCCUGGGCCGUGGCCACUUCGCUGUAGUCAAGCUGGCACGCCAUGUCUUCACUGGGGAGAAAGUGGCGGUGAAGGUGAUUGACAAGACUAAGCUAGACACAGUGGCGACGGGCCACCUUUUCCAGGAGGUCCGCUGCAUGAAGCUGGUGCAGCACCCCAACAUUGUGCGCCUGUAUGAAGUGAUAGAUACGCAGACGAAGCUUUAUCUCAUCCUGGAGCUUGGAGAUGGAGGAGAUAUGUUUGACUACAUUAUGAAGCAUGAGGAGGGCUUGAACGAAGAGUUGGCUAAGAAAUAUUUUGCCCAAAUUGUCCACGCUAUCUCCUACUGUCAUCGGCUGCACGUGGUGCACAGGGACUUGAAACCAGAGAACGUGGUGUUCUUUGAAAAACAAGGGCUGGUCAAGCUCACUGACUUUGGAUUCAGUAACAAGUUUCAGCCAGGAAAAAAGCUGACCACCAGCUGUGGAUCUUUGGCAUACUCAGCUCCUGAAAUACUACUGGGUGAUGAGUAUGAUGCUCCGGCUGUAGAUAUCUGGAGUCUCGGUGUGAUACUGUUCAUGUUGGUUUGUGGCCAGCCACCCUUCCAGGAAGCUAACGACAGUGAGACCCUCACCAUGAUCAUGGACUGUAAAUACACUGUACCACCUCAUGUCUCCAGCACCUGCAAAGAUCUGAUAGACCGCAUGCUUCAGAGGGAUCCCAAACAACGAGCCUCCCUGGAGGAGAUUGAGAGCCAUGCCUGGCUGCAGGGGGUGGACCCAUCCCCAGCCACCAAGUAUAGCACUCCCCUGGUCUCUCACAAAAACCUGUCAGAAGAGGAACAUAACAGCAUCAUCCAGCGCAUGGUGCUGGGAGACAUUGCAGAUCGGGAGACCAUAGUCGAAGCCCUAGAGACCAACAAAUACAACCACAUCACAGCUACAUACUACCUGCUAGCAGAAAGAAUCCUGAGGGAGAAGCAGGAGAAGGAUGUGCAGACCCGCUCCUCAAGUCCCAGCAAUAUCAAGGCACACUUCAGGCAGUCCUGGCCCACCAGAGUGGAUAUGCACCAGGAUAUUGAGGACAGUUUAGCAGCUUCAUCCAUCUCUCACGCAGGAGGCCCUCAGUCCCCUGCUCGCAGUGCUGAGAACCUGCUCAAUGGACAUCGCUCUAAAGCCAUGAUGGAGCUGGGCAGACGGGAAGAGAGCACGGUGACUGACUCUCCGGGGUCGGCACAGGGAGCGUGUGCUGCUGCUUCAGGUCCUGCUCCCGGCACCAUCAGGACUCCCACUCCCUCCACCUCAGCAGCAGCUAAGCAGCGAACCUGCCUGUUCAGAGUGGAGGAGGAUGAGGAGGAGGAGGAAGAGCAGGACCCGUCUCCCCUACCAACUCAGGUGAUCCUGCGGCGGAAGCCCCCCUCCAUCACCAACCGCCUUACGUCCAGGAAGAGUGCCCCAGUGCUCAACCAGAUCUUUGAAGAGGAGGGAGAGUCCGACGACGACUUCGACAUGGAUGAGGGUCUGCCGCCCAAACUCAGCCGUCUCAAAAUGAACAUGGCCGGGAACGCCGGCACUCUGAGCUCGUCGUCGUCCCCGGGAUCCACGCAGAAGCGCUAUCAUCGGCGCAAGAGUCAGGGAAGGGGAUCGUCAUGCUCGAGCUCUGAGACGAGCGAUGACGACUCCGAGAGCCACCGGAGGCGCCUGGAUAAAGACUCAGGCUUCAGCUACAGCUGGAACAGGAGGGACAGCAGUGAAGGGCCACCUGGCAGCGAGGGGGGGAACGGUGGAGGCAGCAGCUCAGGGCAGGGGAAGCCCCCCACUGAGGGAGGAGGCUCCUCUGGCCCAGACAGGGGGAGUCCUGGAGCGGGAGGUAACGGAGGAGGACAGAGUGGCAGUGGAGGAGGGGGGAGUGGGGGAGGAGGAGGGGGGGGUAAUAAAGGACAAGACAGCCCUUCCAGUUGUUGUAACAACAGUAGCACUACUAACCCGUCCCUCAGCUCUCAGCCCCGGGCCUCACGCACUGCAAGCCGCAGCGCUGAGCUGGUGGAGAGUCUCAAGCUGAUGAGCUUGUGCCUCAGCUCACAGCUGCAGCACCACCACGCUGGGAGAGGUGGUCGAGGGGGUGGGGGUGGGGGGAAAUUCAUCAUAGACCCCCAUAGCCUCUCAGGAGGGAGUGUGAAAAUCCAGGAGAAGUCCACCUGGAGGAUGUGCAUCGGGUCCACCGGGAGCCUGGACACCAUCACCCUCCCCACCACCACGAUCACCGGCCUGCCUCGCACCCAUGCCCCACAACACCAUCACAACCGCAAAACGGCGCCGCACAGCGGCCCGGGUGGCAGGAACACUCAUGGCAACCUGAGCACCCUGAAGAACAGCGUGAUUCAACUACCUCUGUGCGAGAAGACCAUCUCUGUCAACAUCCAGCGAGGUGGAGGCUCCAGGGAUGGCCUGCUCUGUACCUCAGCUCCAGCCAGCUGCUGCCAGGUCAUCUGAAGCUCGCUGACACCCUGUGGACCAUGACCCACCGACACCAAGUUUUCUCAGUCACUCUUCCCCCUGCUUCAGGUAGUUUCUUUGAACACUACUCUGCUUUUGAACCUUCCUGUCUAGUUUGCUGUAGCAGGUAGCUGAGCUCGCACAACCACCUGCCUCUCAGCUCACCACCUCUCCUGUCACUUUUUGUUCCGUGCCCUGCUCCCUACCAAUUGUUGGUGGUUAUAAAUGUCUAUUAGUGUUUUUAUGUUUUUCAUUAUAUUCUUGUUUUAUGUGUCCUGACUGCACUUUGACAUUCUAAAUGAUUUGUAUUAGAGCAUUUAAAAUAAGGAGGCUCGCAUUUAAAGUGGACCUGUUCUGCUCAUUUCCAGCUUUGUGGUUUUUAUUCGUGGAUUCUAUUAGAGCGGCUUUGAGUCACUGUUUAAAAUAAUAAUUACUUAUCCUUUUUAAUUUGACUGACUUCAUACUAGUUAGGUCACCCUCUGUCUGAAACGGUGUAAAAUAAGCUUCCAUACUGUUUCACGUAACAGCGCCUUUAUGAGAAAAGAAGGAAAGGCAGAAUAGGUCCACUUAAAGAGCAGAGUAUUAGGGCCACUGUGAAAAGCAUUUUGAGAAGUAUUUAUUGGAGUGUAAAUUUAAAAAAAAAAAAAAAAAGGAAAAAUGCCACGAGGUAAAAUUGUAAAAUUGUAAUUUUACAAACCUGUACAUAUAAAAAAAACUGUAUGACAAAGUUGGGAAGAAAAAGUGAUUGUACUCUGAGAUAAAGUUUACAUUUUCUAGGAGAAGGCCAUUAUUAUAAUUCUUAUAUUCCUGAAAACAUAUUACAAAAUCUUUCACUUUGUCAACCAAAGAAUGAAAGAUGGUUGAUAUAGACAAAGUUGAAUUUCUUAACAUUUUUGGCUCACUAUUUCUAACAAAAAUCCACAAUAAUAUCAGAAAUAGGUGAUAAUAAAUAUCAGCUGGAGCUGGUUAAGAAGUAAUACUAACAGAUGGGUAAAUGGAACAAUGAAAUAACCUAUUUACAGUCAGCAUGCAGCAAAUGUGCAGGUGCUUAAAAAAAACUUGUAUACAUUUGAUUCAUCCACUGUGACAAGAAGGUAAAUCAUUCUUUACAAAGGUCUUAAAUAACUGAUGUGCAGUUUAGUUUAGUCUGGAAGUCAGAAAUUUUGAGUGGCGUUGCAGCUUUCAGGAAGAUGUUCUUGGAAAACGUACUGCUUUUACACAACUCAAGGCUACAGUGACAGUUUGGUUUACAUUACCACUUUCAUGGGACCAGCUCACUCAGAAUGAUUGAUCAGUCUCAUAUAAGUACUUCAAGCAAAACAACAUUUAAAAAGGUUUACUGAAUGUAGUAGAAAAUUUCAGCUGUUUUUCAUUUGAAUGGGGGGAAAAAGCGCCUCAUUUUUCAUGGGGUCUAAAAUGAGCACACCUGUGGGUGUGGGAGGGGCUACUGGAAAUAAUUCAUCAAUGAUGGCAGAUUUCCAGAUUUAAUUGAUUUUCAGUAACAACUCCAAUUUGUGCUAACUGUGCUGCUAACAGCUGAUUCUUAAAAGUAAUUUAAUUCAAGGGUGGACCGAUUGGGUUCACAUUCACAAGACUGAGACACCGAAAAAGAAAAAACUAAACAAAACUUCUCCAUGUCAGCAACAGAUUUGAUAAUCUCAGCAGACCCCCUGAUGUGAAUUUAAGAGGACAUCAGAGCAACAUGUAGUGGUUGCAGCAGGCUCAAAGUGUUUAACACAGUUGUCAAUACUAAUUAUUUUAAGGAGCUGAAAUAUAUAUUUUUUUCUUAUGAAAAUUAAAUUAUUUUGGCCUUUUUAAAGAGUAGCUUCUUUCUCCUUUGACCUUGUAAAAUACUUAAUUUCUUCUUGAAAUGGCAAUUUUUGACUUCAUGGGGGGUUUUUCACUUGUAAUAUUUUGAUCCUUUUCCUUGUAAAAUUAAAACUUUAGUCUCAUAACUUUUUCCGAUUCCCAUCAAAUCAAAGCUUCUUUCUCAAAGUAUCAGUGGUCCAAACACUCCAGGUGUAAAAAUCGAAAUAACAAGCACUUGUAGUUGCAGCUAUAGCGGGCAGCUGGCAGAGGAGAGGGACCGGGACGCCUGCUUAUUGAUACAACUCAAACUCAAACUUCUCCCUCCAUUACCUCGAACCUUCGCUCCCCUCUGAACGUUAGCUGCCAGUGACAUCGCUGAUGAUAAAUAGAAAAACAUGAAGUGGAUUCCAUUCGUUUGAGUCCGUUCAGCGUAUCUGACCUCCUCUGUCCAUGGAGGCGAGAGGAGAUGGUGACUUUUCACUCCACUCUGGGCUCUGUAUUGCACUCAGACAAUCUGUUUUCUGUUCUUUUUUAAGAACCAUGUAUCCUCUGCUGAAUUGAGCUCGGUGCAAACUGUUGGUCAUAACCCUUUAAAUCUGUACCAGUGUCUCUUUACAGAGGCGGCACGCUUUCAGCUUUUAAAUAACACACACACAGAAGCUGGUGGGAAGAAGUGUGUGUGUGUGUGAGGGCAGCAUUGCAUUGAUACUGUAGCAAGAUGAACAAACAGGUUUGGAAGAGUUCCUGCUGACCACACAUUUAAAAAUGAGGUGUUCUUAUUUUUUUAUUCACAUGAUUUUGUGUUGUUUAUUGACGGAACAUAUUGUGUUCGCCUGCCAUUAACCCAGCUGCUGCUGCAAGAGACAUGCAGCUGCUUAACCCUGAAGAAUGAUCAGAAUUUCUGCAGCAACUCCUCCUAAAACAUGCUCCAAUGUUCAUCUCAGUAACACACACUUCUCGUGCCUUUCUUUUAGACAGAAUCUCUCAGUGCAGGCUUGAAAAAAGUAGCUCCUCUGACUAUGUUGAACCUCGUUUAGCAAAAACAACCUCCAUGUUUCCUAACGCUGCUUCUGAUGGUGCCUUCACACCAAAAGCAAAGGAAAAUUUCAUGCUGGACAAACGUUUCUGCAAAACAUCUUCUAGAACUGGCUGUGUUGUCAUCACAUACCGUGAUGACAACACAUUUCUGUGAUGUCAUCAUUAAACAGCAGUCUUCGUGUCUUGCUAAAACACCUCAGGCUAAAAUCAGAUUUUUUGUCAUUAUUUUGCCAUAUCAACCUCAUUGUGGACUGCUGCACUGAUAUUCUCUUCUAAAUGUGUAGAAGAGAAAAAUACCAAAAUUUAUUUCAUACUUUAGUAGUGGAAUAAAAGUACUUGGUUACAUCAGAGCCCUUGUAGAUUUAAGUCUUGGAACCUCUUUAAUAAUCCAUUUAAUUUGAAGUCUCCAUCUGAAUUUGCUUUUCCCCAGAUAUAAAAACCAGUCACCAGGCAAGACAAAUAAACACCGCUUUAAAACUUUGGUGACUUCGCCCAGUUACCCUGCAGUUAUCUUUGUACUGUGCAUGCAGCAUGCAUCUGUGUCCAAUAUGUUUUUCCUACGUAGCUCUAGGCAGAUGACCGGCCCUCCUUAGUUUGGUUCAGCUGGAGGUUUCUUCCUGUUAAAAAGGAAAUUUUCCUUCCCACCAUCGUUUCUUGUUUGCUCAUAGGGAAUUAACAGAUUGCUGGAGUUUUCUCUCUAAUAUUGUCGGGUUUUAACAGUAUAAAGCAACUUUGAGGUGACUUUUAAGAUUUAUUCAUCAUGCCCUCUGUAGUGGACAAAAGUUAAACUGAAAGAUACUUCCCCCCCCCUCGGAUAUAGAUGAAACAGAACUUUGUAAAUUGUUGAUUGGCUCUAUGGGCUUAGGAGCAGAAUUCAUAACUCUCACAUUUCUGUUUCUAUAUUCUCUGAAUGCUGUCACUUUCCUGGAUGUCAUAUCUGGUUACAUUGUAGCUAAAUGAGAAAUUAUACAAAAAAAGAGAGACUGAUGAGAGAGGGGAAAAAAAAAAAAACACCUUCAUUGCAUUAUUGUCGUACAUUUCUUCUUCAGGGCAUCCAGCAGCCAAAACCAUGUUGCUCCCUCCACUGUGCUUCAGUUGGGAUGAUUUGUUGAAUGUCCAAGAUGUUUUACCCUUUUUUUUCUUUUUCGUACGCAGCAUCUAUCUGUUAAAAGAUUUCUUAAUUGCUGACAUUGGACACUUUAAACAAAGGUUUUAGUCAUUUUAGAUGUGUUUCUGUGUUCGGUUUUGUAGACAGUUUGUCUUAAAUGAUACGUGUCAGUCAGCAGCUGUGAUUGAAGAAAGGGGGAAAACCCCAUCGUCAGUUUGUGCCUUUUAAUAGGAGCUGCAUCUCUACAAACCAUACACCCGGCUCCAUACAGAAACACCUGAAAUUACGAGUCUGUGUGUGUUACUUCAGUCACACCGCGUUUGUCUGCAAUUGUGACUGAGAUGAAAGUCAGAGCACGUUUUGAGGAGUGGGUGCAGAAGUCGUGCUGUUUCUUACGGGUUAAUCACUGUUGUCCUGCAGCCGUGGUCCCGCCCGCGCUCACGACCCCCCCCCCCCCCCAAGUUAAGUGUACAUGAGGGUGCAGCGUAUGUAUAUACAGUGAAAAAGAAAGUUUAUUUUUUAAAACUUGUACAUUUUUUUGAGCAAUCUGAUGUUUGAAAAUGUUUUAUUUUUUAUGAUGGGUGGGCGGGUGUGAAGCUUUGAGAAGCGCGCGCCCUGGGUAAACCGGCAGGAAGCGCGCACGAGACAGAGCCUCGCGCCUUCCGGCUUUCGGAGCUGGCUGUAAAGACAAACAAACGAAAGUAAGAGAGAGGAAAGGGAAAAUGGGGGAAUUCUUUAAGGGCAUUGGCAAUAAGCUAUACCGCGUGUUGCAGCUAUCUGUACAGAAACACUUCAUUAGUUUCUUUUUUUUAGAUUCCAAACUCGUGCAGCCUCACACAGCAGCUGCUUCAGACUCGGAAAAAAACGAAAAACAAGGAAUGUUCUAAAUAUGUUUUCUCUCUUUGGUUGUCGUCUGAGAUUUGUUUUUAAAAACCAAAUGUAAAUAGAGUUGUAAAUACGGUGCUCUUUCUCUUUAUCUAGAACAGCCGAGUGAACCUUUUGGUGCAUAGCUGUACAGUAAUCUAGCCUUAUGAUAAUUACUGUAGUAAUACCGUAUGGGUGUCUCAGCUAAAAAUAAAGCUGCGUGAGGAAAAACGAUACGAUUCUGUUCAUACCGUCGAGUCUGUUUGACUGUUGUCUUACUCAGCUGUAUCCAGGUGAAUGACGUGCAUGUGUUUCAAUGUUUGACAUUCAAUGACACUGAGAGAAUCAGGCAGAAAUGUAACUGGACCAAAAAGCAACAGAAGAAGAAGAAAAUGGUUGAGUUGGAACUGACAAAUCUUCAGUGUAUUAUUCUGUAGUUGAUACCUGUUGUCAGAUGUUACAUAUAGCUAUGGUAAUAUCAAAAAAUAAAAUGUGGAAAA